AUGCCCUCCUCCUACCUUUCCCCACCGCCCUCACCCACGUCGGGCUUCUUCCCUACGGGAUCAACAUCGCCCAAUACCCUUAUCGGCGUGCAGGGCCAGAACCCGCGCGACAUGCACAACAUGUACUCGCUGUUCGCCUCGCUGCGCGGGAGCAAAACAUCGGCAAGCCAGGAAGGAAAACCAUCGCUGAAGCGGCUCUUUUCGCUGUAA